GUGACCAGUGGUCACGUGGUGUGUGCUUGGCUUAUCAGCGUUCCAAGCCGUGACCAGUGGUCACGUGGUGGGUGUCAGCUUAUCAUUAUCCUCCCGCGUCAGCCAUUCUAGAAAAAUCUUCUAAGAUACGUGCUUGCAUAUUUUGAGAAAAAUAUUAUGCAUAAUUUUACCGAUAUAUUGUGUGCGAAGGUAUAUACUUUACGCAUUAUUAAUAAGAAUUGCUUCGUUCUAUUUCUGGAUUAAAAAUAUAGUGGUGGCAACCUUCCGAUGCCUUUUAACUUUGUGAAACAUUGUACGGUUUGCGCUAUUUAGAAAACGGAUUACUCAGACUGUGGAUGUAAGCGUCUUUGUCGUAUGAUAUCUAAUCAAAGCAACGAAAAUCCUUUAGAAAAGAUUGAAAGGGGCCUGCAUUGUUACUUUAAAUACAUGAAGAUUUGGGAUUACGACGAUUGCAGUGAAUUUAACAUAUUAAACAAAAUGACACCAGACGCCAUAAAAUAAAUAUAGAUAUUUUUGUUUCCUCGCCCAAUUUGGACAAAAGCGCUCUUGGUACUCGACACAGUUUUUACUUUUAUCUAUGUGCUCUUCACCCAUUCCCCUUGUUCAAAUAACAUUUGCAACUGUCACAUAUUUGCCCGCAGAUAGUCUUUCAGCGCAUUCGCGCUUUGAUUACUUGAUGCAAUUAUCACAAUUAUUGUUUGGCAUUUAUCUUUUUAAGGCCCUUAUUUAUAAUGUUUCAUAUCAAAGGAUUUACUAUUCAUAAGUAUUGCCAAUAUAACUUUAAAAUUGUAAAUGAAACCUUUUAGUUCAAAAACUAUAUAUAAAUGAUAGAAUUCGAUAAAUUUAACUUUUAAACAUCUAAAAAACAUUAACACCUGAUUGAUAAAAAAUACAUUAUCAAGUUCUGGCUUACAUCGAGUAUCAGGUUGAAUUCACUAAUGAUAAGGAAAAAUGCAGUCAAAUUAUUUUCAAAUCGAACAAAAUAGCGAAGUAGUUAUGAAAUAAGUUUAUAACUACAAAUGACAAACUUCGAUUCACAUGUCAUACCGGAUAACUUGCCGAUGUAUUAUUACUACCCCACUGAGAUUACACACCGGGAGGGUAAAUCAAACCAUGAAACAAAGUUGAAUACACAGGAAUUUUCCCGUUCCUGAGCAUCGAUUUUCGCUUAAUUUUACGUUAUUGUUUAAAAAGGACCAAUAUAAAAAAAAUCGAGAAGAACAUUUAAAAGCAAAAAUAAUCCUGCAUUCGAUCGUAAUUAAGCUAAGCAAUCGGAUGUCUAUAAAUGGCUUUAAAUAGCAAAACAAAUUUAAAUGACUUUAAAAAGCAAAACAAAUUUUGGCUCCUUUUUAACUCAAUGUAGCUUGGGUUGACCAACAUAACCAUAAAAAUGAUCAAAAUGUAAAAAGUAACAAAAUUAAAACAAAACAUCAUCUUAAAAGGCAAGAUUUAUCCUAACUUAUAUGUAGGAUGUAAUUAAGAUGAUCGAUUGAAAGACAAAUUCGCGAGAACUGUUGAACCAUUUCCCCUAUAGAACUCUAUAGGCAUUUUCUGUACACUGGAUUUCUCCAAACUUGGCAUUGUAUAUAAAUCUGUCAAUGGCUAUGAAGUUUUAUCUCUUUGUAAACCGAUCAAUUUAAAUGUUAACUUUCGGCUGUUCAAUUUCGUAUUAUCAGGUUGCAUAUCAGUUUGUUGUCAAUAUCUGUAUUGAUCAUGUGAUGUAUUUCCACUGAAAGUUAUAUAGACCAAAGAUUCUUCCUAGGUAUGUUAAACAAAUACACACAUCUGAUGUUUGCUCAGCAUGGACGGUGAUCCAGGCAGACAACAAGCGAUGUCAUUGAGCCUGUCCAGGGUGCUCGGGGAUAUUGGGAUCAACAAGAGGGUGGUCAAAAUGAGAAGAAGAACUUUGCUGGUGAUGGAAAAACAUUCUGCAGUUAUCUCGAGUGUCUUUCAAAAUAGGAACCAAACAUAUUUCCACUUUGGCAGCCAAAGUGAAGGCACGACAACAAUAGGAAUGGAGUCAGAUAUAGAUUUAUUUCGAAUCGACAAUUACUGUCCUGUCCUGCUUGACAUGGCUGAGUGGCAGCCUAAUCCAUACCGUAUUUUCCUGGUACUAAAGAACGAGUAUUCCCCACCACAACACUGUAACCUACAAGUAAUGAGGGCUGGUCUUCCACUCCCACUCUUACUGGAUCCGAAGUACGGGGAUGGAGUAGAUCUGGAGGUGGAUAUGACUGGCAGAGUGUUCCUUAAAAAUACGGUCCAGGACGCAACCAUAAAACAUAAUUAUAUGGGGAGAUUUUUACAUCAAACAAGGCCCAUCAAGAAGUGGAAGUAAGGAGGUUGAUGUUGUAGAUGGUUAUUAUUGUGCACAUUUACCGGAGGAGUGUCAGUUUCUGUUUGACAGACCAAGGCCUGGACACUACCCCAGACCAGACAUACUGUCACAGGCAAAACAGACCGGGGUAUUUCUAGUUCCACAGGGACAUGCUGGAAGUAGUCGUCCACAACUGGAGUGGAGAUUCUCUACGCCACUUAUUGAAAGACUGCUUAUGUUUGACAUGGUUAUUAACGAGUUAAGGGUCUACACGUUCCUCAAAGUACUAAGAAAAACAUAUUUCAAGCCUGUUUUUGGUGAUCGACUAAGCACAUUCCACUUCAAAACAGCCUUUUUGUUCACCAAAGAGUCCUAUCCAUCUGAGAUUUGGAGGAAGAACAACCUGAUUCAGUGUGUCAUUUUCUGUCUAACAACACUAAGGCGGUGGUGCAGGAUGCACUAUUGUCCACAUUACACGAUCACAGGGGUGAACUUAUUUGUUGGAAAACUUAGCAAUUUUGAGAUGCCUCAAAUCACACGUAUGUUAUCAGACAUGAUAGAAAACCUCACAGAUUUUGUGUUCAAUAUUGAGAUGGAUGAAAUUGGUAACAGAAUGUUAAAAUUAACUGGAAUUAAGCCUUCGCACGGACAAACAAAAACAAGGUAUGACAUCACUUUGGGUAUAUUGGAAUCAUGUUUGAAAAAUCUUCUAGAAGUUUUAUAUCUAAAUACAACACUUUUUUGCAAAAAAGCAAAUGGAACCGUCGAGGGACUACUGAUUGCAUUUGGAAAUUUGAUGAAGUCUUUAAUGCUUAAUGACAAUGACUUCUUAAGAGAUACCUCAAAUAUGUUAGUUAAAUUAAUCAAUACCAUGUCAGCCUCAGUCCAGGCUUCCAUGCACAUUCAAACACACCAACCUAUCCCCCAAGACAUUUACAACCUGUACCGAGCGAAUCUUGACUUCGACCUGACCUCAUGCCGACUGAAGUUUGCCUCCAUGUUGUACUGUACUGGACAGUAUGAGGAGGCAGCAGUAGAGUUGGAUCACACUGAAAGGCUGCUGCACCCAGAUGUGUGGCAGUUUUGUGUAAGUUCAGGAAGACGACAAUUUGACCCUGUUAACAAAUUCUUAUGCAAAGCCCUAGACCAACCUGUUUCAGAGGUUGUGAAAUCAUCAGUGGCACUAACUGUAAUUUUUCUCCCUGGGGAAAUACACUGUGUACCUAAACAUUUAGUGUAUGAGAUGUACAGAACAUUCACACAUGCAGACAUUCAACAACGACAAAAAGUAUAUGAUGAUUUCACAGACAAAGUCAUUAUAGAAUCCAUCCCCUUCCUCUACUAUCUGCAGUACUUAACACACAGGAAGCUGGUGCAAAAUAAAAGAAAGGUUACAUCAGUGGAAAAACUCGGACAAUAUAUUAAUAUCCACCAUGGUAUUCCUUCUGGCCACAUAGAGACAGCUCUCAAUGUAUUGGGACAUUGCAUGGAAACGGAGAACAGGCUGGAUCUUGCCUGGGGGGCAUAUGCUACAACGAUGAUAAACCUGCCAAACAACAAUGCAGCUGUCUGGCACAUGGCAAUUAUAAUGAACAAAGUGAUCAACAAACUGAGCAAAUGAAUGUUAUUCAAACAAAAACAUGAAUGUUAAUAAUAGAUGUAAAUGACUUUUAAAAGCUAUUCUACCAUCACUGAUGCCACAUGCCAUUAACAUGCGCGUAAGGGGCAACAUACAUACGCUUAUAUAAUGAUUAAAUUGAACAAUUAAUUAGUUUUGAUUGUAUUGUUGUAUUAAAAAUCUUAUACUUAUGUAUACACACUAUACAAGUAAAGGUUUCAUGAUAUGAGUGCAUAUUUCAAGGGUUAUCCAGAAGUUUGUGGAUUCAGUAUUGUGUACUGACUGCAUGGAGCAGAAAAAUAGAAUAUUGUCUCAAUGUGAACGUAUGUUUUGCAAAUUUUUGCACCAAAUGUCAUGCUACUAUAUUGUGCUAAAUAAAAAAUGCAUGUAAAAACAAUUGCAUAAGGGUAAUGAGGCCGAACCCAGCACUGCUGGUAAAGCCAUAACAAUGUAUCGCUAGAAUCACCAAAGCACAAAUUACAGUACAUGUGCAGUGUAUCUCUGCAAUGCUUACUUUGACAAACUGAUAACUGGAACAAUCUCAAGAUAUUUUGUUAUAAUUUCUCCAACUUACCAUAACUGUUUUGUGAUAAAUUAUUGUUUCUAAUGGAGACACAAUUCGAACAAGUCUACAUUUUCUUAAUACAUGUACAAAAUAUCAAAGUUACUGUGUCAGGUCAAUUUGAUGUCUUUUAUUUGGAAAGAAAUAAUAAUUUCUUUAUAAUAAAGGAAUAUUACUCAUAAAAUAGAACCAAUUUCAGACGGUGUCAAAGAACUUUGCAUUACCCUCUCGUAUUAAAAAAAAGAAUGUUCUAAGCAUUUAUGUUUUGACUAUUUUCUUUACAUGAAAUAAAACCUGCAGCCAAAUGAAAACAAAAACAACUUGAAUGU